CUAGGUUUGUCGUACAGUUUCUACUUUAUUGACGAUGAGAUAACUGAUCGGACCUUGUUAUCUAUUUUACCGAUAUAGUGAUUCGGAGUCUGCGGGUUCUUCGUGCUCACUAAUGGCGGUGGCAAAGUGGGCUGUGGCAGGCGACACUCAUCAAAACAAUUAAAUUUAUUAAAUUAAUCUAUAUUUUUGAGGCCCAAGUGACUAAACAAUUGUUCCGACGAAAGAGUUCCGAAAUCAACUCCUCCGUGAGAUGCCCUGUUAGCUUUAGUAGGUAUAUUAUUUCAACUAUAGUAGAACAGAGGAUCCGUCAGAUCCGGAAUUUCGGUUCAAAUUGAAAUUCAAAAACAGAAACGAAAUGACGGAAUAUAAGCUGGUCGUCGUAGGGGCUGGAGGUGUUGGCAAAUCCGCUCUUACUAUACAACUUAUUCAAAACCAUUUUGUGGAUGAGUAUGAUCCAACGAUAGAAGACUCCUACAGAAAACAGGUUGUUAUAGAUGGUGAAACUUGUUUAUUGGACAUCUUAGACACUGCUGGUCAGGAAGAGUACAGUGCGAUGAGGGACCAAUAUAUGAGAACUGGUGAAGGAUUUCUGCUAGUCUUUGCCGUAAACUCUGCCAAAAGUUUUGAAGAUAUUGGAACUUAUAGAGAACAAAUAAAGCGGGUAAAAGACGCCGAAGAGGUGCCAAUGGUGUUAGUCGGAAACAAAUGUGACCUCCAGUCAUGGGCUGUAAAUAUGACACAGGCAAGAGAAGUAGCUCGCCAAUAUGGUGUACCAUUCGUUGAAACUUCUGCCAAAACUAGAAUGGGAGUAGACGAUGCUUUCUAUACCCUGGUGAGAGAAAUCCGUAGAGAUAAAGAACAAAGAGGUAAGGAGAAACGGAAGCGCAUGAGAGCAAGAAGUUCUGGACGUCGAAGGCAUCGUUGCUGCCUUCUAUAAGUUGAUUAACUACUUUCUGUUACAUUUAUAUAAUAUACAAACGCGAGUAGAAUGUAAAGAAAAAAAAAAAACUUUGGGUUGUCUGUGCCGCACGUUUUCGCAGCUCACCUGGAAACGCAAAGUAACGCCGCCAUUAUAAAAAUUUUUUAAAACACAAUUAAUGCAUGAUUGUACAAUAUUACAUAAAUGAUACAUUUUUACUCGUAGUAUCAAAUUUUAUCUUACAAAUAAUAUUGACAUUUUAGUGGAUUAGCUAUCCAUAAUCCAAACCUUAUUUUGGCUUUUGGGCCAACGGUAAGCUAAUUGUAAGAAAUUUAUCUUCGAAACUUGUUAAAUAAUGUAAUCGUACAAUUUCGAGUUAUAAUUCAUACGCAUAAAAAAUCACACAAUUUUAACAGUAAUAUUUUACGCACUAUAGCAAUCUUAAAAUCAAUCAUUAGUAUAACUCAUUUAUGGGAUGCUAUUCAUAUGUGGUACAUUUUUUAAUUAAUUCUUCUGAGAGUGAUUAUUGAAUAGUGAUGUACGCAGUGAAAAAUCGUUACAACUUAAUGGUUCUGAAUAUUGUAAUUUGUUUUUUUUUCUUUGUUUUUUUUUCAUUUUUUCUUUGUACUGUAAUUAAUGACUGAAGACUUUUUGACCAAUGCAAGGACAUAUUGGGUUCACCUAAGCACAGACUGUGUGAUUAUUCGUUGUUUACAAAAGCGUAAUCAAAAGAACUGUCUGAUGUUGUCAAAUUAUUUUGUUUCAAUAAGACAUUUACUGCCACUUUAUUGAAACACGUUAAGGGGUGCUCAAUUUCAAUCAAUAAUAAAAAAAAUAAAUAAAUGAAAUGAAAACUCAGUUUCUACGGUCCUGAAAAUGUAUUACAAAAAAUUGUUGCAAUAUCAUGAAGUUGCUUAUGCAAUUUAGAAAUUUUUCCGAUAUCGCUAUGGGACUUUGGUGAAAUAUGUGAAAAGAAAAGAUAAUAGGAAGAGGCAGCAGUCCUUUCCUCAGUUUUCUUAAUCCUAGAAUUAAGAAUAUCUAGUAAUUCUUAAACUACUGUUCAAUCGUCAUUUUCAAUAUCAUCUAAAGCAGCUAAUUACCUGUUAUAAAUGGGUAAUCACAAGAGAUGUUACACUCUCUUGUAUCUGUUUCCGUUUUCAUCAGUUGUUUCAUUCUUUUUCUUUAAAGAUAUGCAACGAGCAUAUUGACACAAGACAAUUGAUGUCCAAAAAUUUUUCUGAAAGUUUGACAAAGAAUGAAAUGUUUAGGAUUUGUAUUGUAUCGACAAAAAUAAAUUUUUUUAUUGAUAUAUCAUCCCCGUUAAACAUUCAUAACAAAGUGCCGUCUGUAAAUAAUUAUAUUUGUGAAGAGUAGUUAUGAUUUUUAUAACCGAAUGCCUGAGAAUUGCCGUAAUCGAAGGUGCAUGGAAAUGUUAAAUGAAUAUAAGUUUCUUUGUUGUUGGAAUACUGCAAGACUGAAUGAAAGCAUUGUAUCAAUGUAACGCUUUGUUAAGGAAAAAUACCUUCUCCGCUCUUCUCUACUCAAUAGAAAAUGAUCAUUGAUCCUCGGUGAUUUUGAGUCAUAUCAAUCAGAGCUGGUUGAACUGGUUGAUAAUCAGUAACUACGUAUGAGAUUACAAUAUCUGAUAGAUGUUCGGGCAUCUCUGGUCUGUACGAUUGAAAAGUUUCCGUUGAAAACCUUGGACUAAUUAUUUCCAUCAACCGUUCAGCUAGCGCAAAAUCAGAAUAAAUUUUGUGCGAAUGCAAUGGGCACAUUGUUAGAUUUUGAAUAGCAUGGGAUAUAAAUAAAGUACACUUGAAAACUUA